UUUUGUCUAUUGUGUGUCUUCUUUUCUCCAUAGGGUGGCCUCUCUGAAAUUCUGCAAAACAAUGGCUUCAUUAAAUCACUCUACAGUAACCCUGUUUAUCUUAGAAGGAUUAACAGACCAGCCAGAGCUCCAAGUCUUCCUCUUUGUCUUAUUCCUGGGCAUCUAUGUUGUCACUGUGGUGGGAAACCUGGGUAUGAUCCUAUUAAUUGGCAUUGGUCCCCAGCUAAAAUCUCCAAUGUACUACUUCCUCAGCAACCUGUCCUUUGUGGAUCUCUGCUACUCCUCUGCCAUUACUCCCAAACUCUUGGUAAACUUUAUAGAGGAGAAAAACAUCAUCUCCUACAAUGAGUGUAUGACACAACUGUUUUUCUUCUGUUUUUUUAUUGUUUCUGAAUUCUACAUGCUGACAGCCAUGGCCUAUGACCGUUAUGUUGCCAUCUGUAGUCCGCUGCUCUAUAAUGUUAUCAUGUCUCCACGUGUCUGCUGCUUUUUGGCAACAGCGGUAUAUACUAUGGGUACCUUUGCUGCUUUGGUUCACACGAGUUGCAUGGUCAGAUUGUCCUUUUGUGGUCCUAAUAUCAUUAAACAUUAUUUCUGUGAUAUCAUACCACUUCUGAAGCUCUCCUGCUCUAGCACCUAUCUUGAUGAGCUAUUAUUGGUGGUUGUUGGUACAUUCAAUGUAUUUUCAACCACUAUUGCCAUCUUCAUCUCUUAUGCUUUCAUCCUUUCCAGCAUCCUUAGCAUUCAGUCUGCUGAAGGAAGGUCUAAAGCAUUCAGUACCUGCAGCUCCCACCUGGCAGCUGUUGCUAUCUUAUAUGGCACCGUUAUUUUCAUGUAUCUCAAGCCACCAUCAAGCAGUAACAUGACUCAGGAGAAGGUAGCCUCAGUAUUUUAUACCACGGUUAUCCCCAUGUUGAAUCCUCUAAUCUACAGUCUGAGGAAUAAAGAUGUUAAGGAUGUACUAAAGAAAAUUAUGAGAUGCACAAUGCAUAACACGUCUAUGUAGCAUCAAGCAAGAUACAAUUUUAACUUUUCUUUGUCCACUAAAGGAACGGAUUUUCUAUGAAAUGAAAAUGAGCUUUGGAAAAUAUUGGGAAGAAGGUAAAGCCAUGACUUUUGUGUGUUUAAUUUUCAUUCAUCAAAUCAUAAUUACAUACCAUCAAAAAUAUGCUGCAUUAGAUGCUACAGGUAGAUAGAAGGAGUUUAUUUUCUACUUUGGAAUUAUAUCUUAUAUACUCCCUCAGUGUCUUUUCUUCCUAUUCUCUCAUAUAAAAACCUCCUAAUCAGUUCAGUGUACCCAAUUUAGCCAAUUGUCCUAAAACUCCCUCACUGAAGUCAUUCUCCUAGACCCAUUCACAUUUGAGAGAAGUGUGGAAAUGGAAAGAACUACACUAACAUCAUCUUGUAACUCAAUUCUGUAAUUACUCAAUUCUCUUUCUAUUCAAUUAGGGGACUAGUCCAAUUUCUAUCUUUUUAGGAACUUUAUUCAAUGAUAGGAAUUGUUAGAAGAUUUUACUGCAUUGUUUAAAACUUGCCCAGGGUGGCCUGGAAGCUGAACCACCUCUACCUCUUGCUUAGAGUCCUUUAACUAAGGAUGUAGGUUAUAUUGACCCAAAAGCUAGACAGAUCAAAUGACUAAUGCAAGGAAUAUUCUCACAAUAACCAUCUCAAGGAAAAUAUGUCAUGUCUGAAAACUGGCUUCAAACUAAACAAUCAUUUACAGUUUCCUUAUUCCUUUGAUUGACAGACACUUGGAGGGAUGUGGCAUAAGAGACCUCUCUAUUUUUAUUUCAGUGAAUUAUACCUAUUAGCCCUCUACCUCCAAUCAUGGGAAACUCCUAAAAAUUCCUCCAAUUAGAAUUCAGAUGACCUCUUUUCCUCUUGAUUGCUUUCUUUUAAAGAAUAAAACUCUGACUCUCCUAUAUUUGGGGUUCCUUGCCAAGCUGAGGAGACCUAGUUUCAUUUGUUAUGCUCUUGGAAUUCAUUGCUUAAUAAAUCGAUAUGCUUGGAAGCUCAAACCUUUCUUUCCUAAGUCCUUUCAAUCAAUCCAUUGGCCAAACAUUGCAUACUCCCUUUCCCUCAGCAAAGCUAUUUCAAUAAAAUUCCAUUGUUAAUGGAUUUGCUGCCAGGUUGGUUAGCUAUCCCCCUUAAUGUAAAGUUCAGAUAUUGAAGGAGGCAGGAUUAUAGUCAUGCUAUUCUCUAGGAAAGUAUAACAAACCUACAUAGUUACCCAUCACUGCUAUCUUUGAUUUUUUGAUAUUUCGAUUUUUCGAUGGGCAUAGUAAUUGCUUAGGGAAAAGAAGGGCAAAAUAUCUCCUAGAAUGCAUGUAUUACUAUACAAGGAAACUUCUCCUUUCAACCAUAACAAAUGGUGAAUUGUAUUUUGAUUUUAUUGAAAAUAAAUUGAUAAUAAAGAGGAAAUGACAUUUAAAUAUAUCAAAACAUCAUUAAUUUCAUUAAUAAAGUACUUGUCCCGUAAAAUCAUAUUACAUUAUAGAUAUGACAUAUAGGGUUGGUCAGACUCAGGGAGUUAUAUUAUUGGUUCAGAUUAGAUGUUACAACUAGAAUUCCUAGGUCAUGCAACAACAGUUCACAAAAGGAGAUUCACAGUCACAGAACUUUGUCUGGGUAAACUGCAAAAAUUUGUCAAAAUUAUAUUCACACCAUUAGUUCUACCCACUAGUCUUUGAUCACUGCCCAGUUACCCAUAAUUCCUCACCAAAGACUGGAAUGUUAAGGUCAGAAGUAAACAAGGAUGUCUUCUGGAA